GUGUUGCCCCGCGCGUUUUCGCUUCCUCUUCCGGGUCCGGCGACUCCAGGUGUAAAAAAUGGUUCAGCGCCUGACCUACCGCCGUAGGUUGUCCUACAACACAGCUUCCAACAAGACCAGACUGUCCCGAACACCCGGGAACAGGAUUGUUUACCUUUACACCAAGAAAGUGGGAAAGGCACCCAAGUCAGCAUGUGGGAUAUGCCCAGGAAGGCUUCGUGGUGUCCGUGCUGUACGCCCCAAAGUUCUCAUGAGGCUGUCCAAAACGAAGAAGCACGUUAGCAGGGCCUAUGGUGGUUCUAUGUGUGCUAAGUGUGUCCGUGACAGGAUCAAACGAGCUUUUCUUAUUGAGGAGCAGAAGAUUGUUGUGAAAGUACUGAAGGCACAAGCACAGAGCCAGAAGUCAAAGUGAAUCUAUUUGUAGUUUCAUCCCAAUAAAUGAAAGCUCCACUUC